GUUUCACUCUGAAUGAAUAAUUAGCAGAACUGUUUAAUUAUCUUAUUGUCGUAGGCAUCAACCAACACCUGUUACUCAAGAGUUGAUGGCAUAUAUUAUCCAGAUAGUUAGCACUUACUCAAUUGUAGUAUAAUGGACCCUCAAGAGAUACCCCUGGACGAUGUUAAUUCGCGGCCUGACGAGUAUGCCCGCACGAAUGGUUUAUCAGUUGAUUCUCAGGGGGACGUCUCUCUCCUGUUCAACCAUGUCCAAGGUACUCGGUUAUUAUCUGACGAGCAAACUGACGACACCGCUCUUCCUCAAUUACGUAUUCCAUAUCUUGUUUCCCGAACCGAACAGCUUAGUGUAUCCAAGGAGUCUCUUGAGUUAUUAAGCACGAUCACCUCAUUGGAACGGCAAAGCGAACAAGACUUGAAGAUACCCACUCUCAGGGAUAUCACAAAAUUGAAACUAGAGCCACCCUUACUUCGGAGUGACCCGGAUUUCGACUUUCGGGAACUAGCUCGGUGUGUUCAAGAACAGAGGAGGGCUGAUAUAGACCUGACGAGCGUUCCAUCAGAGCCCCUAGACACAUCGAACGAUGAGAGUCUCGAGUUUCCGGAUACAGCCUAUCAAUACAAACAGAAGUUGCUGGCAGGAAUCCAAGAUGAGAAGUUAGAUAUCUCACGGGAAUCAUUGCAUUAUCUUACCUCUGUCUUGAAGGAUGAGUGGACCCAGGAUAAACAAGAAGAGUUAGAAGAUACAUUUUUACACCGGAAGUGCUUCCAGGAGUUGGCCAUUACCCCUCCCCUCAGUCCUCAUGACCAUCAAGAAGACUACUUUGUUCCCAGCGAAGAGGUCUGCCAAAUCCCUAUUCCAUCAGAUACUAGUACCCUACUCGAGGACGAUCUGAGAAAAGCUGAAGCGGAUCUACUCCGGCAAGAUGACUGCGAUCUUGACACUCCAGCACCCCUGGAGUCUCUACUUCCGUCUUCUCCAGGGGGCUUGCCAUUGCUCGAGCCAAAACGGCCAAGUAUCAACUCAUUAAAGGUUGAAGGUCCCUUGACUCCAUUGAACUCUUUGCCGCCAUCAUCGGAACUAGCAGUAGAUAUCUCGGGUUUCGCAAAGAGCCUGGAUAUUGAUCAAGUCCUGGACAACCAACAAUUAGGCCAAGCGAGUGGAGCAAAUAAAACGAUUCCUCAUAAAAUAUUUAGUGACGAUACUCUAGCCUUGCUAGAGGACAAGGCAGCAUCUGCGAGGAGAAUUAUUGACCAGGAGCAACUUCAAAGUGCGGAUGCGAUCGCCCGGAUAGAAAUCCCCACAAUGGACUUCUCAAUUCCCGAUCCCGAAUGGAAAAAGGCGCCGUUGGACGCUUCAUCACAAUUAGCAUACAUAAAGAAAACGUGUAAAGCAUUUAACAUACCACCGUGGUCAAAGAAUUUUCAAGCGGAAAGAGAAUUAAAGUGGUCUCCGUUUACAUCUAAGAUGGGCCAUAUCUCUUUAAAUGAAUCGAUCGAUGGCGACGAUGGCGUCGGCAAUCUUCUAGAUUGUCCUAGCACCAAUAGAAUAGUAACGAGCGCGGACUACGUUUGGAAGAAACCAGGGUUGGCAAUUCUUCGGGAACCCGAAGAAGAGGAAGAACAACUAGAGUCUUCCUCCGAGGGCGGCGAUGACAGAAACAUAGAGUCCCUUGUAAGGAAAAGGAAAAGGAAACUUGAAACUAUCAACCUGGACUUGGAACCUAGUAAUUCUGCGGGUUCAGCGUCACCAAUUGACUUGGUUCAAAACACCCAGAGAGCAGCAUCAGGAUCAGCGCAGCUUCCUAACCUCCUUCUUAGCCAUAAUGAUUCCUCAGCCACAUCAACACUACUCUCGAACCACAUUAACUUCCAUGCCUCGAAGCGGCAGAAGAAUACCAAGAGUUCCUUUUUCCCGACUCUUGCCAAACCAGUGACCACAGUUGAGGAAAAACGAGACCUAGGAGUUGCGACCGCCGUAGAACUAAAGGCAAAGAACGCAGCCAAGCCUGAUCUGAAGCCUAAGCCAGGUGUUCCCGCCCCCUGUCCCAAAUACCGACCAACAUCUGCUUCAACAAAAAUCAUUAAGGCCUUAACACUUGAUCGCGGAGUGUUCUCACGCCUUGAGAAAUUUUAUCCGAAUGCUGAAAUCAUCGAACGAGAUUUCGACCGAUGGAAUACCCUAGCAUGGGACCGUAACUCGGUAUCCCGGUCGCCGAUUGUAUCACCACUUGCAGCCGAAGCGGACGUGAUUGUUUCGCCCACAACCGGAAUCGUGGUGACUACGCUGCUCAAAGCCAUGCAGAAGCCAUCACCGGGCCAUAAAGGUCUUGCGGCAAUUCGCGAGCGCAUCCGUAACGUUGCGUGUCGGUACGAACGUCUAAUCGUGCUAGUAUCAGAGGGAAACCAGAUCGAUGAGACAGCCCGAAAUCUCACACCAUUUGAAUGUGCUGCUUACGCUGAUUUUUCUGGGUUCGUGGUCGGGCAGGAUACUAAUGCGCAGGUGUAUUAUGUCGGGGGCGGGACUUGCACGCUCACGAAAUGGCUGGUCUCUUUCUUGACCUGCUAUGCGCCGGAGGCUGCUGGGGCAAAAGAUCUCCUGAUCCAGGAGGAGACGCUAUGGGAGCUGUUCUUACGGCGAGCCGGAAUGAAUGCGUACGCUGCGCAGGCUAUACUUGGACAACUGAAAGCCCCUGAUGACAUAGGGGAAGAGGAGGCCGGUAAAUAUGGGUUGCCAGCAUUCAUUAGAAUGACACCUGCAGAGAGAGUGCAGAAUUUUCGUGUCAUAAUGGGCGGGGAGAGGGUAUUGCGUAGAGUCAGCCAGGUUCUGGAGACGCAAUGGAGUUCAUUGAAUCGCUAAUUCUGGCUGGUUAUGUUGUUGCUUGUGCUAACAUAUUGAGCUGAUGUAACGUCCGUCGUUGUAUGGAGAAGAUUCGGCGGGUAAGAAGAUGCUGUGUUGAUUCUUUCACCUAUGUAGCUUUGGCUUUAAUGUCUGCUGGUUU